UUAUCUUGGGGGGAGCUGUCUAUCACUCCUUAUCUCCAUCUCUAUCUUCACCUAUAAAGUGUUCUGUUCCCUAAAUCAAACCAGUUGGGAGAACAAAGAUUCUAAUUAAGCUGCUUCCAUCUCUAGAGAGGGGAUCAGAUUCUAAAGUUUGUAAUGAGGAAGCCUGAUCCCCAAGUGAAGAACAACAACACAAACAAUAUUGGCAUUAACAAGCUCAGGAAAGGCUUGUGGUCACCUGAAGAAGAUGAUAAACUCAUGAAUUACAUGAUGAGAAAUGGGCAAGGUUGCUGGAGCGAUGUCGCCCGGAAUGCCGGCCUUCUGAGGUGUGGUAAGAGCUGUCGUCUUCGUUGGAUUAACUACUUAAGACCUGAUCUCAAGCGUGGUGCUUUCUCACCCCAAGAAGAAGAACUCAUUAUCCAUUUACAUUCUAUCCUUGGAAACAGAUGGUCUCAGAUUGCCACGCGGCUGCCGGGAAGAACAGAUAAUGAAAUAAAGAAUUUUUGGAAUUCCACAAUAAAGAGAAGAUUGAAGAACUCAUCAUCUACCCUCUCACCAAACAAUAGUGAUUCAUCAGAGCCUAGAGAUGUCAUGGGGGGACUCAUAUCCUUGAGUGAACAUGAUAUCAUGGCUAUGUGCAUGGACUCAUCUUCUUCAUCUUCUUCCUCAUCUAUGCAAGCUAUGGCAAUGAGUAACCAGUUUCAACCUUUGCCUCCAUUAAUGGACAAGUACUGCUAUGGUCUGUCAAGUGCUCCGGCAUACUUCAAUGCUUCUACAAGCUUAUCAUCACAGGUUGGAACAGGAGGAGAAGGGUACUAUGGAGGUCAUGGGUUCAAUGGAAGUCUUAAUAAUAUUGGUAUAGAAGGGGAUUUAUUUUUUCCUCCAUUGGAGAGUAUUAGUAUUGAAGAUACUAAUACUACAACUGGAGACACCUUUGGUAAGAUCAACAAUAACAUCAAUAAUGUCCACAUCAAUGGUAUUAACAAUAUCAUCAAAGGCGGCAACAACAACAACAACAACAACAUUAACAAAGUAGAGACUUUGGUUGAGAGUGGAAAUUAUUGGGAAAGAGAAAACUUAAGAAUGGGGGAAUGGAAUUUGGAGGAACUAAUGGAAGAUGUCACUUCUUUUCCUUGUCUUGAUUUCCAAGUUGAAUAAUUGCAUGGCUAGCUACUCUCCUUUAUCUUUCUCUCUUUUCAUCUUCCUCUAGGUAUUGAAAAGACUUGUUUACCCCUUUUUUUGUUUUCCAUAAAACUGCCCAAACCCAUGCCUUAGAACAUAUGAUAAGAGGAAAUAUCUUUUUUCAAAAUUAUCAAACUACCC